UUGAGUCUUCAGUGAGAGCAUGUAAAUACCUAUUUACCAUCAGCAUUUUUUAUACAUAAAAAUUAAGUUACAAGUGUUUUUUUAAAGUUAGUACAAGUUAUAAUAUUUACAGUUAUGUAGUUUCAUUAACAUUGAACAAAUGUUUUUUUAAACUAUAUUUUAAAAGUGAAUACAAAGUGAAUAACUAUUCUAUUUUUACAAAAGAAAAAAUGUUGAUCAACUUGAUUGAGAAAUUAUUGUUAGAACAGGAUGUGUGUGUAUUAUAAUAACAUAUUAUCAUUUUAAUGGAAAUGGUAAUUUGAUUCCUUGAUAAGGAGUAAUAGUGCUUGUAUUUUUACAAUAGUUGAACAAAAAAAAUCGUGUAAAAUGCCCGACAAUGGAAAUACCGAAGAAGAUGAGAUUGAAAGUGAACAAAUGCUCGAUCAAAGGAUCACAGAUUCAAGACAAACGACACAAGAGCCUACGAAACAAACAAUAAAAUACGUUCCAGGUCGUGGAUCAACUCGAUAUAAUAAUGCACUUCAAAAUCUAAUACCUCUACGGCCGAAUGUUAAGGAAAAAGAGAAGCCACCGGAAGACAAUGUGGGUUUAUUUUCCUUCCUCUAUUUAACAUGGUUCACAAAAUAUCUUUGGAAGGCGUAUCGAAAAGGAAUUGACAAAAAUGACUUGCCCAAUACAUCGAUAUUCAAUUCUUGUGCCUACAAUUCUCAAAGACUGGAAAUUCUCUGGAAAGAGGAAUUGGGUAGAAGAGGAUCAGACGGAGCUUCAUUUACACUGGUUGCUUGGAGAUUUGCACGAACGAGAAUUUUCCUCUCGUGUAUUCUAUACGGUUGUUCUGUCAUAUUUGGAUUCUUGAGUCCUGCAAUACUAAUGCGAAAAGUAUUGGAAUUUUUACAAGAAAAUGAUGAAUCUUAUGCAAAUGGAAUAAAAUGGGCCCUACUGUUAAUACUCUGCGAAAUUUGUCGAUUGACAUUAAUGAAUUGGAGUUGGAAUAUGAAUGUAACAACUGCCAGAAGACUGAAAUCCGCAUGCUUGUCGUUGUUGUAUAAAAAAGUUAUUGGAUUAAACAGCCUGGGGAACAAAAGUACCGGAGAGCUAAUUAACGUAUUUUCAUCUGACGGUCAAAAAGCAUUCGAUUUGAUGCUUUACGGUCCUCAAAUUGUCGGCGGUCCAGUGGCAACAAUUUGUGGAAUUAUUUAUAUUUUAUUCACUCUCAGUCCAAUGGCUCUUUUGGGAAUGAUCGUUUUUUCUCUAUUUUACAUUUUACAGUAUUUAUUGACUCGAAUAACAAAGUAUUAUAAAUCUAGAUGUUUAAAAGUUACUGAUAGACGAAUAAAAAUUAUCAGCGAUAUUUUAGAGAGUAUCAAACUCAUUAAAUUGAAUGCCCAGGAAAAUUUCAUCGCCACAGAAGUUUCAAGAAUUCGUCAGGACGAGAGAAAAUUGCUCUCGAAACUUGCCUUCUUCGAUAGUACAACUUUUUCCUUAACACCAACGGUUACAAUUAUUGCAACUAUUGUCACAUUUUUAGCUCAUCUUUACGCUGAGGAUAAUUUAACAGUGGCUCAAGUAUUUCCUCUAUUAUCGUUCCUUAAUGUACAGACUCGAAGUGCUCUGACAAUUGUAUAUAUUUCUCUAUUAAACAUUGUUGAGGGAAAUUUAACAUUCAACAGAUUUAAGAGUGUAUUACUUCUUGAAGAAACAAAUUGCCAUAUAUCGAAACCAAUUGUAAGAUCACAAGCAAUUUCCAUUCUGAAUGGAAAAUUCGUUUAUGAUAAUUUUGAAACCAGGCAGUCAGUUAAUUCCGUAGACAAAGAGAUAAAACCGAAAAAGAAAAAAUCAAAGCGUCUAAUUAUAGAGAAGAGAAGAAUUGAAAUUCUUUCAGAAAUAACGUUUGAAGCGGGUAAACGUCAAUUAAUUGGAAUUUGCGGCCACGUGGGAAGUGGAAAAUCAAGUUUACUUUUGGCGAGUUUAGGACAAUUGAGAAUGAUUUCGGGACAAGCGAUGAGAAAUGGUUCGUGCGCUUACGUUGGACAACAGGCUUGGAUUAUAAAUGCAACAUUCAAGGAGAAUGUUAUAUUUGGCGAAAUAUUCGAUCCAAAACGAUAUUAUCGAGCUCUCUCAAUAUGCAGUUUAAAGGAGGAUAUCAAUAUGUUGCCUAGUGGCGAUGAAACGGAAAUUGGCGAAAGGGGUGUCAAUUUAUCAGGAGGACAAAAACAGAGACUCGCACUUGCCAGAGCAUUUUAUGCCAAUCGGGACAUUUAUUUUCUUGACGAUCCAUUAAGCGCCGUCGAUUCAAAUGUUGGACUUUACAUAUUUGAAAAUUUAAUUUUAAACGCUUUGAGGGAUAAAACAAUUUUAUUUGUAACCCAUCAAAUGCAAUAUUUAAAUCGUUGCGACGAUAUUUAUAUGAUGUAUAAUGGACGAAUUAUUGAACACGGAAAGCAUGAGGAAUUGAUGCACGCUGAUAAGGAAUAUGCCGCGAUGGUUAAAAAUGUUUUUGUUGAAUCACAAGACAGUUCACCGGAAGAGGAUCAAGAAACUGAAGGCGAAGAAGGAGGAGAAGAAGAUGAAGAAUCAGACACGGAAGAAGCGACAAAUGUGAAAUCUGAACAAAAUAGAAGAAAUUCGCCAGAGAGGGAAAAUUUUUUCGAUGACAAAACAAUUAAGACUGAUGGAACCGGAAAGAGUUUAAUGACAAAGGGAAAUAUAAAGGGAAAAACAAUUUCGGCACACACUUUUCAUGUUUAUAUAAAAGCAGCUGGUGGAUAUUUUCUCUUUUUACUGCUGUGUUUAGCAUUUCUUUUAAACAUCGGUUCAAUUACGUUCAGUUCGUGUUGGUUGGCCUAUUGGUUGAAGGAAGGCGGUGGAGCUACAAACAUAACAAUUGGAAAAAAUGAAACGAUGAAAUCGAUUAAUAUUAAUGAGAAUCCAGAUUUUAAUUAUUACGAGACAAUUUACGCUAGUUGUAUUCUUAUUGUUUUAUUUACGAGUUUAAUUCGAGCGUUUGCAAUAACGGGCGUCACUAUGAAAGCGGCAAGCACUCUACAUCGACAACUAUUUUCAAAAAUGAUUGGCUCUUCCAUUCGAUUUUUCGAAACCACUCCAAGUGGUGAAAUACAAAAUUUAUUUAGUACCGACAUCAAUGUGGUUGAUAACGGAAUGAGAAUAUCACUCGAGAUGUUUCUUCAGACAAUCUUCACUUGUAUUUUUACCAUCUUUAUUAUUUGCUUCGUCCUUCCCUGGUUUAUUAUUCCCUUAAUAUUCCUAGCUGGACUUUUCUAUUUUGUUGGUAAAAUUUUCAGAGUGAGUAUGAGAGAUUUGAAGAGAUUGGAAAAUGCGUCACGUUCCCCUGUGUUCAGUUUCAUAACAGCCACAACUCAAGGACUGAAUACUAUUCGUGCUUUUAAUAAAGAACAAGAAUUUAUUCUAAAAUUUCAGGAAUUACUCGAUCAAAGUUGCGCCUAUGAAUACUUUCGUAAUUUAGCAUCAAGAUGGUUGGCAAUAAGAUUUGAUCUUUUGUCGUUAUUUUCCACUUCUAUUGUUCUAUUGUUUGUAAUAUGUUUCAAGGAUCAUUUGUCACCGGCUUUUGCUGGCUUGGCUUUAGUUUUUGUAGCACAAACCACUGGACUAUUUCAAUUUUCCUUGAGAAACUUUUCCGAUCUCGAAGCUCGAUUUACAAACGUAGAAAGAAUUUCUUGUUUCUUAAGGACAAUGAAAAGUGAGAACAAACUAAAAGUUACAAUUACUCCCACUGAAGAGUGGCCCACUCAAGGAACGAUUGAAUUUAAAAAUGUGAGAAUGAAAUACGACGAAAAUCUGCCUUUUGUAUUGAAUGAUAUUUCAUUUUCAAUCAACGAUGCCGAAAAAAUAGGGAUUGUCGGAAGGACAGGAGGUGGAAAAAGUUCCCUUGUCAAUGCCAUUUUCCGACUGUGCGAACUAUCCGAGGGUAAAAUUAUGGUCGACGGAAUUGAUAUUUCGAAAAUUGAUCUCGAACUUCUUAGAAGUAAACUUUUCAAUGUGCCUCAGGAUCUGGUUCUUUUUGGCGGAACAAUCAGAUCCCACGUAGAUCCUUUUGAACAAUUCACAGACGAGGAAAUUUGGAGUGCCCUCGAAAAAUCUCGACUGAAGGAUAGAGUAGCUUCAAUGCCGGGUCUUUUGGCGGAACCAGUGAAAUCCGGUGGCAGUAAUUUAAGCAUGGGUGAAAAACAACUUCUCUGUCUAACGAGGGCAAUCUUAUGUCGAAGUAAGAUAAUAUUACUCGAUGAGGCAACAGCCUCUGUGGAUCCUGAAACGAGUGCAAUAAUCGACUACACUAUUCGUGAGGAAUUUCCAAAUUGCACAAUUAUUAUAAUAGCUCAUCGUUUGCAAACCGUCGUAUCUUGUGAUCGUGUUCUCGUUAUUGAAAACGGAAAAAUUAUUGAAUUCGACAAACCAAGGGAUCUCAUUUCAAAUCCAAAUUCAAAAUUCUCGAAAAUGUUGAUUGCUGAGGAGACGUCAAAAAAAUUCUACGAUUAGUAUUUUACUUUCAUUUCGUUUCGUUUCGUUUAAUUAUGAAAAUUUUUUACAUAUUGCAACAAUUUCUUCUUUUAUUUAUAUUUUACUUUUACAUUUUUUAAAUAACUUUUUCUUGCUUUUACGCUUUCUUUUUUUGUUAAAAACUUGCGUUACAAAAAUAUUUAAGAAUAACUUUUUAAAAUAUUUACAGAUCAAAACUGAUAACUGAUUGAAACUUUUGUAUAAAUUUUUAUAUGA